AUGCCUCUCCCCCUGACGCGGGAUUUCCGGAACGCGCGCGCGAGGACGAGGGCAAGGACGAAGGCACGGGAGAGAGACUCGAUCUCCCGCACCAUUACCCAGGGUCAAUCGUCGCCCACCGGUAGCGGCAAACACAGCCCGGCGACGUCCAUCACCUCCGUCGGCAGUAACCCUCACGGCAUCGACACAAUACUCUCGAGACCGACGGCGACGGUCCACCCUCAGACAACGGUUCCGGCGUCGCACGGGGCCCUCCCGCCGGCACCGCAUCCCCAGCACAUGGCCGCGCCGCGGUACGCCAUGCACGCCGGCUUCACGGCGUCCUCGGGUAUUGGGCAAUUUCAACAAAGAACGGAACCACGACACCCCGCUGUCUAUUGGCCGGGUCUUCAGGGACUAGUCAGCGAUCCUCUCGCAUGGCGAGCAAGAUUACAUACACUGUCGCAACAGCUGGGCUGUCAGCAAGCGAUGACGGGCGCGGGCGGCGGCACCGGGGAACACGAUGGCGGCAAGAAGAAGCACACGAGGCCUACGUUCAGUGGACAGCAGAUCUUCGCUUUGGAGAAGACCUUCGAGCAGACCAAGUACCUGGCCGGCCCAGAGCGCGCCAAAUUAGCAUACGCCCUCGGAAUGUCGGAAUCCCAAGUCAAGGUGUGGUUCCAGAAUCGGCGGACAAAGUGGCGGAAGAAGCACGCGGCGGAGAUGGCGACGGCGAAACGGCGGCAGGAGGAGGUCGAGGGCGUCGUCGCCGAGGGUGAGGACGGCUGCAGCGACACAGAAACCGAUGGUGGUAGUGGCGGUGGCGCCGGCGGCGAAACCGCCGCGAAGAGGCUGCGAAGGGAGCUCGAGCAGCAAUACAGGCAUUGA